AUAAUAAUACGGAAAUACUGGUGGUUAGUCAUCUCAACUUUGUUGCUGGGGUAGCUAGCUACCUAUCUCAUCUUUGGCUGCCUGAGGAACUACUCCAUGAGGCGGCUAUCGCUUCUCACUAAUAAACUCAUCGCUUCUAUGCCCCACUAUCCGUUUUUCCAUUCACCUUUCAUCCUACAACAAUAGUUCACGCACUUAUUCUUCCUUACGUCUUCCCUUUUUUCCUGAAUCAUCUCUUGCCUAACCCUUCCGCCGACAACUACGCCUACACCUACAAGAACAUCGACACCAACAGCAACAACAUUUAACAUGUUCCCGUUCCUAAUACAUCCAUCUCUUCAACUUUCAUAACUUCAAUCAUUAACAAUCUUAUUAUAGAAAUAAUAGUCAAUUCCUGUUAUCUCUUCAUCAUGGAUCCGAGCCAGUCGGGCCAAUCCAGACUGUCUCCCCCCGACACAGUGGAGAAGACCGCAUCGGAGCCGGUCGACAUUGAGAAACGUGCAGAGUCUCUUGAGACAAAGCAACACAACCGUUUAGAGGACACUCCAUUGUCAAACGAAGCAGUUGAAGACGUGGCAAAUGAUGGCGAACUAAGCUCACCUCCUGAUACUAGCUCGGUUUCUAGUCUCAAUCCAGACGUAUUAGGAGACGAGAUUGUUGUUGGCACCCGUUCCAACGGUGUAAACCCCCCCAUUCACCCAGCUGCUUCCGAGCAAGGUGAUGUAUAUAUGCCCGACUUGGAAGAAGAAGAGCCUGUCUCACACUAUCCGAAGAGGAAGCGAUCCGCUUUAUACAGCGAAACCCCCGAUGAUAAGACAGACGAUAGUCCGGCGAGAGACGCUGAUAGUGUGAGCAGCACCGUCAAGGGAAAGCCCCGACCGAAGGCUGAAGAAGCACCUAAACAUGUUCCUAUUGGCUACUGGCGCGACUCACCCGUGCCACAAGAAGAAGGGAAGCAUGUGGUGGUUGGAUUUAUUGAUAUCCGCGACCGCCUACGCACACGUAUCCGAAGCACGACUCUUACCGGUGAGCCAAUAAACAAUCGGCUAUUUCCCAUUCCUCCUGGCCCAGGAGGUAGUUGGGUCACAUUUGAACGCAUCGUAUUCCGCGACUAUCUUGUUGGCCAUGACCACAAUGUAAUCAAAGAAUAUGUCAAGGUACGAGGCGAGAACCUACAUAUUCGUGCCGCGGAGGCAGACUACGACGCUAUUCGAGAGGCACAACGUCGUCUUAACGCCAAACCCCCUCCAGAGACACAGCAACCUCCUCUUAUGGCAUGGGGUCGAAAUGUUCCCAUCAACCCACAAGUUGGCCGUCCUGAAGCAAAGCGUCGUCGGACUGGCAAUGGAACUGGCACGAUUGCUGACAGGGAUGAACGUACUGUGCGUGAUCGAAACGAUCACAUUGAGCAGGCCGAACAGAUGGCCCUUGUUCCCCAUCAGCCAAUGUCGGAGGCUGCUUCACCGAUGCGAAAACCUACGAGGAUUCUUGUCGGUUGCUGGAGCAAGUCUGAUCAGCCACUGGACAAGGACAAGCAUGCUGUUUAUGGUAUCCUGGGCGCUAAUGACAUGUUCCGGGUAAAGCUCGUGCGUGAAACAAUGGAUGGCCGUUUCCUCGAUGGCAACUACCCUAACGGGGCCGGUGCAUUGUGGAUUCCCUACGACGACGUCAAGUUCCUGAACCAUCUCAAAGACCUCACUAGGACCGAGGUCAAAGAGUACAUUCGAAUUCGCCAAAGCCAGCUGGAUGCCGGCGAGGCACCUGACGAACAAGUAGCGAAUGAAACGAAAGCGGUCUAUGAAGCACAAGCUCGUGCUGCCGCAAUCGCCGCCGCCAGCCCAAGCCGGAUCCCACCGCCUCAAUCAAUCCCGAAUAACGUACGCGAAGAGUCUCGGGAGCACCAUGAACCACGACACCUUCGGCGCGAGCUACCGAUGCAUGGUGAAAUUCGUCACGAACAACGACAUGAACAGCCUCACCCACCUCGACAUGCUCUCCCUGAUGUUGAGUACCGACAUGUUAGCCGACCCUUGAGUAACGAUCCUAUUGAGCGCGUUCAAGGGUUUGCCAACCGUGAGGUAGCAAAGAUGGAGGCAGUUCAGCAGCGUGCCACUCGUAACCAAGCCACGCGCAACAGCAUGCCCAGCCCGAGCCCCAGUAUGUUUCUGAGCUCGCAAGAGCUUCGACAUAGCUUCGACCAGAACGUGCAAAAAAUGAACAACAUUUGGCGUUCACAGCAGGAGAACAUUCAGCAAGCACCGGAGAACAAGCAAGGCGAUGUGAUGCUUCACCAAGGUGUCCGAUACGAGCGCAAGCAGACGGGCCCAUUUAAGGACAAACUGGUCAGCCAGGGCACAAUCAUUAACAUUGACGGCGAAGACUACGUGGAGUACCGUGUGCUUACGAAGCCAUCGUUCUUCUAAGUCUGGCACGUUAAUCUUGAAGGAGGUGCCUAUCUCUGGAAUUGGAGACUUGGCUGAUUCUGCAUUUGGUAGGGUGUUUUUGCGGCUCUACAUUAUACCCACUAAUCGCCUUGGAGCCUUCUAUUGACGCCUAUUUACGUACACAAUGUGGUUGACUGGUUUCUUUUUAAUAAAUACCAGUAUACAUCGAAUUCACGAUACUUCGACAUCUCGGUGAAGCAUCAAUUACUUACCAUAGGUAAACCUAUUGACCUCAUCCCCAGGUCUGGAAAUAAUACCCCAGGUGUUGAAGUGACGCAUACACAAAUCACAACGGCAGGAAGGAUUCAAAAGUCGACUUAGGUCCUUUUGUCUCUAGGACGAGGAUCGCAUGGAUACGGAUGGAUGGAUGGAUGGAAAAGUAGUGAUUUUGAUUCACAGUUGGCCUCCCUUAAUUUACACAAUGAGCACUGGCCAAUGUGUGCAAACGCACACGCCCCCCUUAAAUGUACAUAAUGGCAUAGGGACUGAGAAAAUGGGGAAAGGCGACGAAGGGAUCGGAGGCUACGGAACGGAACGGAACAGAACAAAACGGAGCUCAUCAUCGAUGGAACUUCGUUUGGGGCGCAAGGGCGUAUUAAUCAUCAUUCUGGCCGGCGUUGCGUGGGCGGUUGCAUCGGUUGGUGGCAGUCUGCUUUACCUAUGAUGAAAUGGGUCUUCUAGUUAAUGAAUGCAUCGUACCUUUGUGGUCCUUUAAA